AUGGCUCGCUUUUCCUUUUUGCUCCUGGUCACGGCCUUGGUUGCCCAAAAGGCAAUGGCCUCUCCACGCGGGGUUAGCCCUUCAUGCCCCCAGGUACGAUUUAUCGCCAACCCGCAGCCGCCCACAUCUGGAUGCCCCGACGAAGAUGAUAUGUGGAAGUGUGAUAACUUGAACUGCGGCGGAGAAAUCUCAGAUAAACCUGGGUGGUGCAAAAAUAUCUUAAAGGUCGCGUGUGACGGGUAUUACAAUGUUGAGAAAGAUAAAGAAAGCAUGAUGUUCAACGACCGGCGAUGCCCAUGCAAGUCCAAGAAGGCCCCCGAUGGCGGGACCGACGACGAUGGCAGCGGCAUCAUCAUCAUCCCCUUCCCCAUGGCGCCCCCUGGUUUCCUCGUUCCGCCUGCGGGCGUCGGCAACCCAAAGAAAAAGGAUAGCUGUCCAAAGGAUUACACCAAGACCAAGUGCAAGGACUGCAAAGCGAAGAGUGGCUGGUGUACCGAGGGUCCGCAGAUGGGAUGUCCUUGUCUUGACGAGUGUCCAACCGGGAAGGACUUACCCGUAUGCUCAGAUGACGGGUGUGUGGGAGGGGAGGAUGACAAGUGCAGCGUAGGUUAUCACAAGGACUGCGCGUGCAAGAAUGAAUGCCCGGAUGAAGAUACGGUGAUCCCGUGCGAUGACGACGACAUCUGCAAAGGCAAGGAUAAAAAAUGCACCGUGGAGAAAUAUCAUGACUGCAAAUGCGUAUACAGUGGGGAGGCGAUCGGGAUGUUCGGGAAUCUCGGUUGGGUUCACACCAAGCAGCAAUAUAUGAAGGAGGCCCUGGAGGCCGUCGAGAAUGCUGACAAGCCAAAUUUGGGAUCGCGAGCAAACUACGGCGAUCUGAAACGCACGGAGGAUGACCAUAAGGGGCCUUAUCUCAGCAACAAAAACAAGGGUCAAGACAAAUUCUCCAUCGGUAUUGACUUUAGUGAGAAACAGGGCGGCUGUAAAAAGGCGAAGACCUAUGAGCCUUCUUUUGAUGACUGCCUCAGCAAAUUGACUUCGAUUGUGGAUGACUGUCAAACGGACUCUGGGGACAAGACAGGUGGAAGUCGGAUCUGGAGUACUGACUCAGGGUGUAUAGAGUACCGUAUCAUUGUCUAUUCGGGCGAAUAUACACCCUCUUGA